AGAAGGUCACAUGCCCCUUCUCCCUGCUCCUGCCUGCCAGGUGGAUUUGCUCCCGGUCAGCUCAGAGGACGACUUCAGGUGUCUACUCCAUUCUGUAUUUGUUUAUUGACAAGAAUCCGGCAAUGGAAACGUGGUCAGUUGAUCAGGUCUGCACGUGGUUGGUGGAGAAAAACUUAGGUGAGCUAGUCCCCAGGUUUCAAGAGGAAGAAGUCAGCGGAGCCGCACUCCUGGCACUUAAUGAUCGGAUGAUACAGCAACUGGUAAAGAAAAUUGGACACCAGGCUGUUCUGAUGGACUUCAUUAAAAAAUACAAGCAGAGCAAUCAAUGGCUGAAGCCCACUGGAGGCCCCAGAGAGACAUCCCUGUUGACCCUGGCACAAGCUGGCCCCGAGCAUGAAGAGAACUCCAGUCUCACCAGCUAUGGAGACCAGACAUCUUUGCAUCCAGCUGAAAACCUUGAUAAUGGACUCAUUGACCAAAGAGUAUUGAAGCAGAGAAGAAAUGUAAAGCACGUUCUAGCAAGGCAUAAAGCAUUACAAUGGACUAAGUCCUAUGUCCUACCGGAGUUUCCCUAUGAUGUCAAGUGCAUGCUGGCGGAGCAGAGGUGCCCUGAUCACAGCAUGAGGAUAAGGAUCAUUGAGUUUCUCCAGGCAGAUAUGACAAAGUACCUGGAAGGCUCGCUGUACCCCACCACCCAGCAGUACAAUGAUGUGAUCAAUGCCCUGCUGCAGGCCCACCCUUUCCUGGAUGAGGACGGCUGUGGCUUUUUUUUAUGGAAACGAGCCCUCAAAGAUCGCUUUAAAUAUGUUCGAAGACCCAUAGAAGACGAUGAACAAGUAAUGAGAAAUAAGUGUAAAUUUGGACACCGAAGGGGCCAGACAAGGAAGUCUCUUGCUGACCUAGGAUCUGACGAAAUUAAAAUUGUGCAGAUAAAAUUUUCGGAAUGUCCCGUGGAGCUCAAACCUGUUUCAGAUUCCUUAUAUGGCCAAAGAUGACCUCAAAUGGCUGACCUCCUGCUUUCACUUCCCAAAUGCUGGGAUUACAGGACUGUACUAUCUCACCUACUUGCGGCUCAUGUUGUGAUGUUCAUAUUACUAAAGAAAGUUGGAUUCUUCUGCUCUGUUGUUGUUGUUUGAGACAGGGUUUCUUUGUAUAGCCUUGGCUUUGUAGACCAGGUUGGCUUUGAACUUACAGAGAUUUGCCUGUCUCUUCCUCCCAAGGAUUAAAGGCAUGCAUGCACCACCACUGCCUGGCUUGAAAGUUGGAUUCUUAAUGUUAAUUUAUUCACUGAUUUUUGAGUCUUGUAGUUUGAACCCAGGGCCUUGUGCAUGUUUGGCAAAUGUUUUUCCACUGAACUGUGCUCCUAGGCCUCGGAACAUUUUAAUACUCACAUUGCAGAAGUUAGGCAGUCUCCAGUGCCAAGGUCGCAGGGAGGCAGUUAUCCAUAAGUGUGGGUACAGAGCUCCAUACUAGCUUCCCUCCUCUGCGGGUCUAGAAGGCUUCCAACUCCAUGCUGUGAAUAGCUUCACGCUGAGGAUCAGGCAACUCCAAGAGAUUCCUCCUCCACCAAGGGGAGAUCCUAGGAGUCUUAAUAUGUGUCCUUUAACUGUCUCAGAGCCCCAGAUGUCCUCAGAAAAACAGGCUCCUGUUUAAAUUACUAAUUACUAGCUACAAUAAUAGAUUGAACAUCUUAGGAAUGCUGUCCAAAUUACCAAACACCGAAGCUGAAUCUCUUGCCCUCCCAAUUACAUUUUUCACUUU